AUGACGGCGGAAACAGACAACAAGUCGGCCUACGCCACGACCUCUGCCAGAUGGCGCGCAAUCGUCAACCGGGAUGCCGCUGCCACCGGGUUUGUGUACGGCGUGCGGACGACCAAGAUCUACUGUCGCCCCCGCUGCCCUGCCCGUCUCGCCCGCCGUGCCAACGUCGAGUUCUACGACACGCCUCUCCUGGCCGAGAAGGCGGGAUACCGCCCCUGCAAGCGGUGUAAGCCCGAAGACGUGCGCGCGCCUACCGAUCCGCACAUCAGGCUGGCCCAGCGGGCGUGCGAGACCAUGACGCUGGCUGCUCUGGCCGGCGGAGACAAGCAGCGGCCGACCCUGUCAGAUCUGUCUGGCGAGGCCGGCCUGACCCCCAGCCACUUCCACCGUGUCUUCAAGAAGGUCGUCGGGGUGACGCCAGGCAAGUUUGCCCGGGAGCUGAUGGAGCGGAAGUCGUUGGGUAAAGUUAUGGUGCCCAGCGGUAUCAAUGCGAGGAUAUGUUGGCCGCCACCUCAUCUGGCUCCCCUGGUUGGCAUGAGCAGUCCCGUGCAGGACAGUAAUAAUAAUAAUAGUGCAUCCUCGUUGGAGCCACAGGUCCAGACUCCCCCUCUUGGCGACUGUGACAUCGAUCAGAUAAUAGGGCAAGGAUAUAGUGAUCCGCAGGCCGUGGGUCCGAUCAACUGGAACGAAUUCGAUCUCAUGUUAGCUGCAGCAUCAGAUCCAAGACAACAACAGCAGCAACAACAACAACAUCACCAUCAUCAUCACCAGCAGCAACAUAUAAACUUCUCUCGUCCCCCAACGUCCACUCCUGCCUCCACCUCUGCCGCUGUCACCACCUCAUCGUCGCCUGCCGUCGGAGGAGGUAGUGGUAUCUGUAUGCCACAGACAACGGCGUCACACUCGUUUGACCCAAACUCACUCAACAACAUCCACUCCAUGCUGACUCUGGACCCCAACUCGACGUCGAACAUCAACUUCGCCCAGUACAUGGCCGAACCCAUCGACUUCUCCCCCAUGAACCCUCCCACCACCACAAAUAGCAGCACCAACACUACUACCGGCCACAGUCCGCCUGACACCUUCGCCCACCCAACUCCCAGCCCUACAUCUGUCCCUUCCCUGUAUUCCCAGCAGUCCAUCUCGCCCACUGACUCACCUCUGAUGUUCGAUUCUUACAUUGGCCUUACCGGCUCCUGGCCCCCCUUGCUGCCCGAGGACACGGACUGGCUGGACAACCAGGUUCUGCUGCCGCCAGACUACACAAGUCUAGACUUCUGUGCCAGGUCAUAA